AUGGAAGCCCAUCAAUUGCCAACUCAACGACUGAGUUCCGAGUCUUGUCGACUCUCAUCCUUGAAACGCAAACACGAGCUGAAUCCAAGUUGUUCAGAGCAGCAAGCCGCAAAAGAGAUGCGAUACAUCAAUCCUGACACACCACUCCCCUCAAUAGAGCCAGAGAGUUAUCUGGAGCCAGAUCUUAUUUUUGACGAAGAUCAUCCAGAUAUUAAGCUGCGUUCGGCUCCUAUAUUCAUCGAUGAUGGCGUGAUCGUUGGCUUUUGGUACACAGAUCGAGGCGGAAAUGGGAAACGACCGGUGUAUUGCUUUAUUAAAGAAGAUUUCAAAUUCGCAUACCGGAAAGGAGACUCUUUCAUUCUCACGACGGACGACGAUUUUGAUCUCCUGGAUGAUCUCGGUGACUGGCUGGAUGAAGAUGCCGAAGAUAAGGACGCCAUGAGUCCAGAGGCAGUGAAAGUGUGGGCAGAUAUGAUGUGGGAGAGCAGAGUCUAUGCCGGAACCCAGGAGAUGACACUUGAAUAUUGA